CAACCUUUCCCAACAUCUACCAAUAACUUUACUACAAGUACUACAAGAGCCUACUAUACACCAUUCCACAAACCAACACCAUGGCCUCCAACACCAACCCCGGAAACUUUGCCAACCGCUCCCACGAGGAGGUUCAAAACAUCGCCCGCAAGGGCGGCCAGUCGAGCCACGCCGGCGGGUUUGCGAGUAUGGAUCCGGAGAAGCAGCGCAACAUCGCCUCUCAGGGCGGCCACGCUUCCAGCGGAAGCUUCAAGCCCGGCGACCCCAAAGCCCGUGCUGCGGGACAGAAGGGCGGUUCAAAAUCCCAAUACGACCAGGAGACUCCUGAUGAGUAAAUUCUGUGUCUAGUUGACGGACGGGG